GCAGAAUGCAGAUGAGAUACAGCCGCCAUCUUAGAUCUUGUUAUUGUUGUCUAAGUCUUGUGUUCUGGUUCUAAAUAGCUGUUUAUUACUAAAAUAUUGCGAUUCAAAGUCCAGUUUUACAAAAAAUCACUUCUAAUAUGAUUUUUCUACAAACAUCAACUUUAAAAAUAGUGAGCAAUCGUUGAAUAAUUGCAUAAUGUGAAAUGAAACUUUGAUUAGGCAAGAUCGUCGUAACUAGGAUUUGAUUACAUGAUUUUACUCUGAAUAUUGAGGAAUCCAUUGGAGCUGAUUGAGCCUUGGAAAAGUUGGAAGAUAACCACAAAAUAUACAUGGCUUUAAACCGAAACACAGAUCCAAUUCAAAUUAAGAUGGCAACAGUUACUGUUAAAAAGGAAAAGGAGGAGGAUGAGGAUGAUAGAAGCCAGCAACCAGAUGCAGUGGAAGAUGAUUGCGGCCAACAAAAUUAUCUAAUCCCUGGCUACAACAUGAUCUUCAUCAAAGAGGGUCCAUAUGAUGAGCAAGAAGCUGGAGGAACUGCAGUGGAGAGUGAACCAGAGAUGUGGCAUUCAAACUGCAGCACAUCUGGCCAAGACUACACAACAGAAGAGGGUGGACUGAAUGAGCAUGCCAUCUCUCCAAUGGAAAAGUGCACUGAGUCAUCUGUGGCUGGCAAAAAGACCAAGCUCCACAGCUGUGCUCACUGUAGCUAUAAAACACCAAAUUCUGCUAAUUUGAAGAGACACAUUCGGAAACACACUGGGGAAACACCGUUCAGCUGCGAGUUUUGUGACUACAAAACUGCUCGUUCUUGUCUUUUGAAAGAACAUAUAACAACACAUACUGGAGAAAAACCUUACAUCUGUGACUUUUGCGACUACAAAAGUGCUAAGUCAGAAGGUUUGAAGAGACAUAUCAGAACACAUACUGGAGAAAAACCUUUUAGCUGUGAGUUAUGUGACUUCAAAAGCUCUCAGUUAUGUCAUUUGAAAAGUCAUAUGACACACAUACUGGAGAAAAACCAUACAGCUGCGAGCUUUGUGAAUUCAAAAGUGCUAGUUUAAGUAGUUUGAAAAGACACCACAUCAGAACACAUACUGGGGAAAAACCUUUCAGUUGCGAGUUUUGUGACUACAAAACUACUCAUUCUUAUCUUUUGAAAGAACAUAUAACAACACAUACUGGAGAAAAACCUUACAUCUGUGACUUUUGC